AACUGAAGAGGCUGCUAGAGUUUGAAGGAAGCUGUCUUUUUGCUUUGAGUACAUAAAAGUCCUUUGCAGAUGGGGUAUUGUGUUAGCUCAAGAAUUGGCAGCCCCAGGGAAAUAUAGGUACGCAGGCUGACUUUCUUUUGCUGUUUGCCACACCCCUUUCUGCCACCUGGAAAAACCGCGAUUGAUUGUGAAGGAGGGCAGGCAUCGGGCACAAAGCCCAUUUGUACGCAGACAUAAACCACACACAUGCCCAGGCCUUAGCAGACAUGUUGUGAAUGUACCCAGGGGCCUGGAACAAUGCCUGGUCCCUGGUAGGUGCUCAGGAUGGAUGAAUGAAUAAGUACUGCUUGUCGUCAUCAUGACCCAAAUGGAAACUUGGCUCAUCGUUGUUAAAUGGUUGCCGUUAGGGGGCUGAAUAGUGUCUCCCUCAAAUCAGAGUUGAAGCCUUCACCCCCCAGUAUCUCAGAAUAUGACUAUAUUUGGAGACAGGGUCUUCAGAGAAGUGAUUAAGGCAGUAUGAGGUCAUAUGGGUGGGCCCUAACCCCACGGGACUGGGUCUUUAUAAGGACAAAGGCUCAUGGGCACAUACAAGACCGGCCAAAUAAGGACACAGCAAGAAGGUGGCUAUCUACAAGCCAAGGAGAAAAGUCAGGAGAAACCAGAUCAGCUGACACCUUGAUCGUGGGCUUCCAGUCUCUGGAACUGUGAAAAAGUAAAUAGAUUUCUGUUGUUUAAGUCAACCAGCCUAUGGUAUUUUGUAAAGGCAGGCUUAGCAAACUAACACAAUUGUCAGUCUCUCUCUCCAGGUCAACUGCAGAUGCGAUGUCAAAGUAGUAUUUUGUGUGGCUAGCAGUUCCCAUGUCAUAUAAAGCAGAAAGGCAUGGUUCUGAGUGUGUGUUCCACGAUGCUUUGAGAGCCAAAGUGAAUCUAUGGACUGGCUCAGCUGUAAGAAAGCCCUUUGUGAGGUCAUCCUUCUCCUCUUGGCAGAUCUCUGCAAAGGAGACACGUGAGCUUUGAAAAACACCACGGAAAGAGCUACCAUGCCUCACUUCGCAAACCCUCUCUUAAGAAACAUCAUUAUCAGAAAUCUAUUUGAUAGCAUCAAGAGGAAGCAAUGUCUCCAAUACCUGAAGACCUUGAGAACACUGCAGUAUGAUGGAUUCACAACCAUAUAUCUUGGGGAAACUGAUAUCCCUGAGAGUCUUGUCACUGGGGAAGAUUUUAGUGAUGGCUCUUUCCUGCCGACUCCAACGUGGUGUAUUGUUCAUGCCGGGGGGAGUAAAGGAUGGGUGCCUUGGACAUAUCGAAUGUUCCUGAGGGAUGAGUUAUGCAUCAAACAAGAAGACAGCCUCUUCUUUGAGUUCUGUGAGGUGGCCCAGAAGACCUAUGGGAAGUGUGCCAUUGUGAUCAAAGAGAGAAGGCAGCAGGAUGAGAUGAAGCCAAAAGAAGACAAAGAGUCUGAAGCCCAGGUCUCAUCCGUCAUUAACUUAACGAGCAUCGUAUGUUGCCCCGAGGUAGCCAAGUACUAUGGCCAUAAACUACUCUCUCUGCCUUCCCCUUACAAUUACCUGAACCCUUUAGACUCAGCCUGGUCUUCUCUGAAAUGGUUUAUCAUCAAUAACAGGAAGGAGUUUUGUUUGCAGUCCAUCGACAGUGUCUAUUCUUACCAGUAUAUACUCUUCAGUGAUUUAAUUAGCAAAGGGAUUGAAAGGAUAAACCCAAGCAAAUGGAGAACACUAACUAACAAAGUCCGAAGAUGGGAAAACUACUAUCUUGGUAAAUUUUCUUAAGGGGGAUUCCUCUAACAAGCAGUAGGAUUGUGCUAUGGGCACAACCUCUCCCAACUCUGUUGAGCUCAAUUCUGGACCACUGAGGCCAAAGAUACUCUUUCAAUAAUCUCACCGGGAUGCUGUGAGGAUGGAGGCUUCUCAGGGCAUUAGCAGGGUACUUACGGCUUGCUGGAGGUUUCAUUAAAGCUUGUUGCUGAAUUAGCGAUCUUGACUCUGAUCUUGUUAAGGCUGCUCUGGAGGCUAUAAGGUCAGUGGGAAGAUUAGGGUUAAGCCAGAACAAGGGAGCUUGGUGGUGGGUGAUCCGAGGUGAAGAGAACUGUCUAGGUCUGAGAGUUAAAAAGAGAGAGAGAGAAGCAAGUGGGCAGUCACAAAAAGUGGAAAUUAAGUAGUGUGCCUACCAGUGUCAGCCCAUCAAAAUAAUCCACAGCUUGCCAUCAGCAGGUGUGGUCCAGAUGGAGGCUGAAGAGGCUCCUCCCUUCCCAUUGCUUGAAAGCAAGAAGGCAGAGGUGAGCAGGAGACAUCCAAGGAGGUGAAACCCCAUCCAGAUCCUCCAAGGCAAGUUGGUGAUCCCCAUAAGGAGCCUGGGAAGCUACGACGGUGAUGGAUUCCAGGGGACUUGGUGGGUGACCAAGCGAUGGAAACGGGGGAGGGGGGGAGGAUCUACAGAACCCACUUAUCCAAUCCGUCUCAUGUCUCAACUCUAAGACUCCCAACAGGAGGCCAUUAGACUGUCAUGCAGUGCAUACUGGGGCCCUGGUUGCUGAGUCACCUGUAGCUGAUGCAACAGCAUCCUAUUCAAGUUUGGGGCUGCUGCUGCUAGUGAUUGUAAGGAUUUGCCACGGUACCUUUCAUUUUGAUAGAAAAAAGGCCUGCCUCCUUUUAAACAUAUCACAAAAUUUAUUUGUCUUUAUAUAUGUUCAGGCAGCAAUUUUACAAUAGAAGUGUAAUUCUUCUGGAAUGUAUCAAAAAUAACCUCUGAAAACUGUUACUCAACUCCUAAAAGCCUUGUCUAUGUAUUGGAUUGCGAAGCCAGGUUCCCGUUAGCCAAGCCCAGAAAAAUCAAAUUCUUUGGUUGUCUUUCUGUCCACCUUUCUUCCUGAAACUUCCUGGAUUCUUUAGAAAUAUUUUGUCAGAAAACAGAUGCUCAGUGCUUUAUAGCAACUAAGUGGUUGACUUCUGUAGCAUUUUGUUAUCAUGCAUUUUUUUUGUUUGUUUUUGUUUUAGGGCUGCACCUGCAGCAUGUGGAAGUUCCCAAGCUAGGGGU